CUAAUCCCCAUUCCAAUGUUUCUGACACACUACGUGUUCUCCCUCACCUUCUUCCGCGCUUGGUUGACGUUAUGUGUGAUAUGGCUUUUCGUCGCUGCAUCCAUCACAUCAAUUCUGCCUUUGUGGGAGAGCCGCGCAGCCAUGGGGGAUAUCUAUAGAGGCAUCGUCAGG